AUGGAGUGUAAUUGUAAUUCCUCUCUGGGUCCUUUUUCAUCAACUUACUGGAGCAGAACAGUGUUGUUCCCUGAUUGGGCAUAUAAACCAGCUUGGUCUCCAGGCUCACGGCAGGUGCAGUUAUGGCAUUUCCUGUUAGAGCUGCUGGGGCGUGGUGAGGGCGGAGCUAUCACAUGGGGCAGUGAAUGGGGAGAGUUUGUGAUCAGAGACCCCGAGAGAUUAGCUAAACUGUGGGGCGAGAGGAAGGGCAAACCACACAUGAAUUACGACAAACUCAGCAGAGCUUUAAGGUAUUACUAUAAUAAGCGAAUCUUGCACAAGAUCAAAGGGAAACGUUUCACCUACAAGUUCAACUUCAGCAAACUAAUCUUAGUGAAUUAUCCAAGUCUUCCAACCUGUCCACAGCCUACAGCCUCUCUCCCUUUCUCCCUCUUUUCUUCACAGCUGUCAUCCUACAACCCUUCUUUUGACAGGGGGAAUAACCUAUCAGAGCUCUCCUGCCUGUCACCAGUCAACUCCGCCCUACAAUUCGCCUCAAAUUUUAACAACUGUCCAGUUAAAAGUAGCUCAGAGAGGUCUCUCAACACAGUCACCGGAUCACGAGAGAGGGUUGAAGGUGAAGGACAAGACCAAAACCGUGACAAAGAAGACAAAAAAUGUAUGUCCUGA